UUCAUUGCAUUCGCAGCCCUGUGUAUGUUCACAGACAUACCUGCUUCAACUGUCAGAGCGGCGACAUUGCAAUUUGGCCGAAUCUAGGAGGGCUCGGUUGGAUAUUUACACGGACAUUUGAUAAAAAAAAAUCACAAAUGGAGAGGGGUUAGUGUCGUGCUCCUCGUUUUUGUAAUCCAAACCCCAAGUACCCAAUACUCAUGCGGCUGGAUUUCGAGCAACACGUUGACAUCUCGUGCGUAUGACUUCAGGUUAUUCAAGAGAAAUUCUUCGCAUUUGUGGAAAUCGAGCCAGGCUUUACAGGGAGUGCCAGGGCUGAUCGUAAGCGCUGGCAUCAAAGAACCGAACCAUUAAAGGGUCAGAGACUAUCACAGAAACCGGCGCUUUGAGACAAUGAAUCAGGGGGCAUGAAAAGCCAGUCGGAAAUGGAUUUGUUCGCCUUAAGAUGAGAGAGAUAAUUCACUCAAGGCUACUUACUGUCCUCAGCACGAUGAAUCAUUUCACUGAUGUGCACUAAUGGCUCUAAACAAAAACCUGUUGAUCGUGAAAAUGGCCGUGUGCCCCUGACCCAUCCCGACAAACUGGAGAGGAUGGCCGAGCAUCUCCACGGCAACACACUGUCUGCAUCUGGGGCCCCCCACCCAAUCCCUUUCCUCACACUGGAACAGAAGGCUGCCUUCGUCUUCGUCCUUCUACUCUUCAUCUUUCUGGGGCUGCUUAUCGUGCGCUGCUUCCGAAUCCUUUUGGAUCCAUACAGCAGCAUGCCGAGUUCCACAUGGACAGACUAUAUGGAAAAAGACACGUUCGACUACCGCAUUGCCUGAGCUGCUAGCCAGAUUUUAGGCUAGAAGACAUGCGAUGAUUACCUCACAUGUGCGCACACACACACACACACGCAAAAGCCGACACACAACCACCACCACACCUCCUCCACCACCUCAGAGCCAGCUGUAUCCCUCAAGUGUUGUUGUUUCGUGAUGGUGGUUUUGUGUACUUGUGGGUCUGGUUUUUCCAUUUGAAGACUGCACUUAAACACACUUUCAUGUCUCACGUGUUUUGACAGGGUUUUUCAACUCAUAGCUUCCACCACUGAUGUCACGUUCAGCAUGGCUGACAAGUCUUAGCGAUGAAUCUUCUUUGUUAGAAACCAGCCAAAUAGCUUUAUUAUUGACGAACAAUAUGGUUAAUUAUUUUCUAUGUCCAAGGAAACGACAAAUUCACAGUUCUGUAAUUGGCGGGAAAAUUAGGUUAAUCCAUUUCUCAAUGAAUCAUUCCACACUUAUCAUAAAAGCACAGUGCAUUGGUUUAAGGAUGAUUAAAUCCUCUGAGCGCCUCGGUUUGGGACUCUUGAGCUUGCGCCUUAUAAAUCCGUGUGUUUACAGAACAGCCAGAGAAACUGGCCUUGCUGUUAUUCAGCUAAAUGUCAAUCAAUGUACUGACCUACCAGCCUCUGUGGGCAAACUGAAUGUUUGAUUUGCCAGGUCCUUUCCUUCCUCUCUCUACGGUGUUCUUAAUAGGAUGAGUCUGAUUUCCUCUCUGUUGUUCUUCAGUAUUUGCUGAUGUUGAAAUGGACUGUUCUAUCAAACGUUUGCCAUUCUGCCCAGGCUAUGGUUUUUUUCUUAUCAAAGUCUGGUUCACCUGUGAUUUGCUUGACUUACAUGUUUAAUAGAAAUGAAGCUGAAAUAAACAGGUCCAAUAUGUGUCUUGCGUGCAGAGGAGGUCAAUAUUGCCAUUUAGGUGCAACUUAUCUAUCGCUUUCAAGUCAGUGAUACGGCGGUGUUAUUUCUCCACAACACUGAUGUGGUUCUCACAAUGCACAUUGUGUCUUAGCUGAGUGGCGUGUCCAGUAUUUUUGGGCCUUUAAAAUGCAGAGAGAUGCUGGUGAUUUUAUUCAAAGAGAAAAUGUGCCAUGUAGUUUACAAGUGGCUUUUGCAUUUUAAUGUGCUUUUAUAUUUGUUUCCAAAUAAAAAAAAAAAGAUAUGUUUACAUCUCA